AUGGUAGAAAAUAAAACAAUAGUAAUGACAUCAGAUAAAACAGAUGAAUCAAAAUUAUCAAUAAGAAAGGUAAGUGAUAAUCCUAAAAACAAAUCAUUUGAAAUAUUACAUUAUAAUGAAUGUUUGACAGCAAGAAAAUCAAAAAUGGGAACUUUAUUUAUUCAAUUCACCCCAUGCAAUAAUUUAAAAUCACAAAGAUGGGAAGCAGUUUUGAAAAGUAAAAUUACGUCUAAAUAUUUAAAAAUAGAACCAAAAAUAAAAAUAUCAAAAUCAGAAGCCGCAAUAGAACAUGUUUUAGAAGAACUAACAAAAUAUACAAAUAGCAUUUAUUACACGUACAAUAAAAAGAAAUAA